AAAGGAAUGACGUGCCGCUGCCGGGUGAACACUGAGCGCUGAAUUACUUUCCUCCGCAGACUUUAAACAUCAUUGUUCAAAAUUACCCUCUGGCCGGGCGGACCUGGAAAGCAUGUCCUCGAAGGCUAAAGUUCGGUACUACUUCAAACGUCGCAAAGAAGGUGAACUGACUCUAACACCAGGAGAGAUUAUUACAGUUACCUACCAGGACAAAGACAAUAAUUGGUAUGAAGGCAUCAAUUCUAUUGGUGAGCAAGGACUGUUUCCUGGAAAAUAUGUGGAGUUGAUAAUGGACACUGUAUCACAUCCUGAGAUUGAAGAAGCAUGUGACAUUGACUCAACUUAUGAAGAACUAGAUGCAGUUGAGCUCAGAUCAAAGAAAUCCAGCAGCUAUUCAGACACUUCUGAAUCGAUUGACCAAGAUUAUGAGAUUAUCCCCGAACAAGAGGACAAGCGAGGCAGUAAUGAACAGUCUCCUAAAAGAGCAAACAGAUUAUACCAGUUUACAAAAGCAGAAGUUGAGCCCUUCAUUUCUGGAAAUACCAUAAAGACAACCAUGAAAAUUCAUCUGGUAUUCAAUGACGAUGGUCCAUCCUGGGUGUAUCCAAUUGUACCAUUGGAAUGCAACAUAACCAAUCCUCAGAUAGAAACUAAAUAUUCAGGAAUGAAAAAAUAUAUUUCUUAUCAAAUUACACCUAAUGACACGAAUGUAUCAGUUUACCAUCGAUACAAGCAUUUUGACUGGCUGUAUGGUCGAUUAUUAGAGAAGUUUGGUUCAACAAUCCUAAUGCCUCUGCUUCCAGAAAAAGACAUUCCAUGGCGGUUUAGUGAAGACUUUAUACAGGCUCGAAUGGGUGGUUUGCAAACAUGGAUAAGCCGCAUAUCUCGUCACCCUGUGAUUUCCCAGAGUGAAAUUUUCCAACACUUUAUCAGAAAAAGAGAUGUAAAAGAAUGGAAAUCUGGUAAAAGAGUUGCAGAGAAAGACGAAGCAGUUGGAGGAAUGAUAUUCUCUGAAAUUAUGGCCUCGUCAGAGUUUAAGUUGCUGGACGGAGAAGAAGCGGACAAAUGUUUGACCUUUGCCAAGUGUAUGGGAGAAAGUGUCAGAAAUCUUAUAUCGGUAACGGAAGAACACAUGGCUCGCUGCACUGGAACAUUGAAAUCUGAAUACAUCAAAAUAGGAAGAGCUUUCUCUGAUCUGUCGGCAUCAUUUGAUAAAAGCACCUAUCAUGGAAAAGGCUCAAUUGGGAAUGCUUUAUCAUUUGUUGGAAAAACAUACGAUGAUAUUGGGAAUCUUCAUUUUGAUCAGCCAAAAAAAGAUGCUCACAGCCUGAUUGAGAUCAGUAAAGAGUACAAAGGAUUGCUGACGUGUUUCCCUGAUAUUAUGAACAGCCUCAAGGGAGCACUGGAAAAGGCUCAUGAAUAUGAAAAGCUUGCUCACGCCAACAAAGUAACAUUGAGAGAAAAAGAAGCUAUUGUUUACAGAGCUGGAAUUGUGUCUUCGGCCAUAGAAGCUGAAAUCAAUCAUUUUAACCAUGAACUUACCAGUGACUACAAAGUAACAGUUCAACGUUUUCUCUAUGAACAGGUUCAGAUGUAUAAUAAGAUAACUGAUAAACUGAGGGAAGCAUAUGCACACUUUGAAUUUUAAUUCCGAACCACUAGUAUCCCCAGAUUAUGCAAUUCAUGUAACUUGAUGUGCCAAUAUUCUUUAAAGUUAUCUUGGAAUUUUAGUUCCAGUUCCUGUUAAAUAUAUCUUAAUUUGCUGCUGCUUGCAACGACUGCACUAUUAUCACUAGCUGCAAUUUAUUGUUCAUUUAUCUUUAUUUUAACAAUGAAUUCUUGUAGUAUGAAAAUUACAAAACAAAUAAAUCUGUGUUUUUUGUUCAGUGCUGGAAGUGCAAUGGAGCAGGCAGGCCAUUGACAUACCGAGGGAUGUAAAAAUGAUUGAUUACAGAAUGAGUGGGAGGAGAGAAAUAGGAAUGCAGGGUCUUGAGCCAAAAUGCCAAUUUAUUUCCCUCCACAGAUGCUGCUUGAUACGCUAAGUUCAUCCAGUAGUUUAUUUGCUCCAGAUUCCAGCAUCUGCAGUCUCUUUAAAACAGUUGUACAGUUGGUAUUUACAAAGUCUUUAAAUGUGCUACCUAACCCAAUUCUGAUACCCACUCUACUUGUAAUAGGCUGACAAUUUGCAAUCUCUACAUUUUCAAUAAUUCAGUUCUUGAUUCUGCUAUUGUUACGAUUGAACCAAUUGUGCACAAAAUGGAAUUCUUUUUUUAAGCCAAUGGCAGAAUAAAACUUGAAUGUUGAAAAUAUUCAGCAGGUCAGGUACAGGCUGUCCAAUUAGGGACAAACAGAUUAAUAAUUUAAAAUUUUAAUGACCUGAAAUGUCGCAUCAGAUGGUGCCUCACCCAUUAUUUCCAGCAUUUGCAUCCUUUAAAUAUUUUAAAUACUCAAAAUCAUAGUUUUUAUAUUUAAGUAAUGAUUGAUUCUAAUUGAUUGAGAUAGUGAGCAACUCUGUUCAAAAACAAUUCUGCUUCUCAACCAAUUUCACCACACACAAAUUCUUAAUAGAAACAUAGAAACAUAGAAAUUAGGUGCAGGAGUAGGCCAUUCGGCCCUUCGAGCCUGCACCGCCAUUCAAUAUGAUCAUGGCUGAUCAUCCAACUCAGUAUCCCGUACCUGCCUUCUCUCCAUACCCCCUGAUCCCCUUAGCCACAAGGGCCACAUCUAACUCCCUCUUAAAUAUAGCCAAAUGAACUGGCCUCAACUACCCUCUGUGGCAGAGAGUUGCAGAGAUUCACCACUCUCUGUGUGAAAAAAGUUCUUCUCAUCUCGGUUUUAAAGGAUUUCCCCCUUAUCCUUAAGCUGUGACCCCUUGUCCUGGACUUCCCUAACAUCGGGAACAAUCUUCCUGCAUCUAGCCUGUCCCACCCCUUAAGAAUUUUGUAAGUUUCUAUAAGAUCCCCUCUCAAUCUUCUAAAUUCUAGAGAGUAUAAACCAAGUCUAUCCAGUCUUUCUUCAUAAGACAGUCCUGACAUCCCAGGAAUCAGUCUGGUGAACCGUCUCUGCACUCCCUCUAUGGCAAUAAUGUCCUUCCUCAGAUUUGGAGACCAAAACUGUACGCAAUACUCCAGGUGUGGUCUCACCAAGACCCUGUACAACUGCAGUAGAACCUCUCUGCUCCUAUACUCAAAUCCUUUUGCAAUGAAAGCUAAUAGCUCACACUGAGGCCAAAAAGUGCUUUCACACAUUUGGUAUCAGUGGAAUAAGGUUUUCAAACGGUAUCAGAGCCCAACUUCAGCUGAAAUAAUGAGAAAUGCGAGGCAGCAUUCUUCCACUUUUCACUCCAGAAUUUUAUCUUUAGCAGAUUAUCAAUUAUCACAUUUCCUUCUGUUUUGGGGACUGAAAAGUCGCAUCCAUCUCUUAAUGAAGGAGGAAAACAACCUGCUAAAAAUGCUUGCAAUUAUGGUAAUUUUAAAGGCCAAAAAGGAUAAAGAUGUUGAACUUUUUUAGUUACGAAAUAUUAUUAAAUAGGUUUAUUAUUCAUACUGAUCUGUAAAUAUUUUAUACUAUAUUAAUAUAUUUAAUAUUAGAUUUGUUCAAUGUUUUGAAUAAUUCCUGUUUUGGUUGUUAUGUUUUGUUGAUCUGAGAAGGAUAAGAUGGGAAAUGUAACUGUGCUCAUUUUUAGCAUCAUUAGUAAAGUUUUAUAUUUUGCUAUAUGCCCAAGUAAUUUAAUAAUUGCAAUAUGCUUCAGAAAAACUGUGUCUUGGAUUAUAAUUCUCCAAUAUGCUCAGGGUUUUGAGUUUGGAUUUUAGCUUUCGGUGAGUGUUGUGCAGUUGAUGGAGAUGAAUCUUGAGUGCAUGGUUGCAUGUUAAGAUGUGUCAAAGAGUCUCCAAGAGGUGUUCCCAAAAGUCCUGUGGAAUUUAUCUCUGGGGUUUCAUUUUGCGAGGUUCUGACCACAGACUAGUGGAAUUAAGUUAAAAAUUGAAUAUUUCAUUCAUUCAAUGAUACUGUGUUGUCACAUGUAUCUGUGUAUAGUGAAAUUAUUUUUACAUACAGUCCAAUGACAAUCCCACCAUACACUAGGCACAAUCAUAUUAAGUAUAAGAGUAGAAGAUAGUAGACAUCACUGUGUCAGUAUACAGUCACCACAUUUUAGGCACCAUCUUGUAUCCAUCAGGUCAUAGUCAUACAGUGUGGAAACAAGCCCUUCAACCCAACUUGUCCAAUGCAACCAACAUGUCCCACCUGCCUGCGCAUAUCCCUCUAAACCUGUGCUAUCCAUGUACCAGUUUAAUUGUUUCUUAAAUAUUGUGAUAGUCCCUGCCUCGACUACCAUCUAGCAGCUCGUCCAUACACCCACCACUCAGUCUGAAAUAAAAAAAAGUUAGACUCUUAACUUGG